AAAAUAGGGACCGUUUGGACAGAGAGAGAAAGAUCAGCCUUCCUUCCUUGCUCCCUUUCUUGUCGGUCGUUGAAUCUCAUCUGCCCCUCUCUUUCUCUCUCUCUAGACCGGAGUUGUAUUGUAUGGCCGCCAAUUCGCAGAACACUCGCGGACUCGUCGGGCUCGGCAAGCGAUUCGUCAACCAGAUUCGAGUCGGAAGCUCCUCCGAUCCAGCUCGCUCGCCUUCUCUUCCUUUCAGGAGGGCUGUGCAUGCGUCAGUGUAUGACAAGAACGUGGAUGAUCAGGUCCGUCCAACCGUGGUUCCGGAUGAUCUAAUCCAGCCCGAAUCCGACAAGUACUGGGCUCCUGACCCGAAAACUGGAGUGUUCGGACCAGCCGCCGAGCACAAGCCAUCAUCUGCAGGCAUCAAGGAACCCGCAGGCCGCCACUCGGUUGUGAAUGGUGUUGGGUCGGACUCGGUGUUGGAGCAGAAGACCUUCUUCCGACCCCUGGAGGACUUGGAGAAGCCCACCGAGGAUUCGGGAAUUAAUCCUCCCCAACUUUGAGUGGCAAUCAUAGCCUAGGCUGCCCUCUCCUCCUCCUCUGAUAUCCAGGCCAACAGAGGGCUGCUGGCUCAACUACAACUGCUGCUGCUGCUGCUGCCUGCUCUUCUCUCUCUCACUCUCUCUCUCCAUAUAUAUAUAUAUAUAUAUAGCGCCUAGCUAAGUGUUGUGUAGCUCUUCUCACUUGGUCUUAAUAUUAGGGGGUUCCAGUACUGUUAAAUAAGUGGCUCUCUGUGAGAUGAGAUAACAGUUUGAAGUUGUUGUGAUACAUGCAAAUCUUUUGUUGUCAGGCUAAUGUACUUCUGGUGGUGGAGCUGUGUGCUGUCUAUGUUUGCGGUUUGCCUUAAUAAUAAAGCAUGUGUUUACUUCUA